AGACCUUCGUCACUGACUGCCAUGUCGCUCCUUCGUGCAGUCCAUAGAAGCGCCGCCACUCGCGGUAUCACAUCUUCAUUAUCAUGUCUUGCUCGCAAGGAGAGUACCUCUGCACCUCAGACUGGUGUCCAGGUCACGGAACAACAGCCUUCUGAAAUCACAACGACCGUCCCACCCAAGGAGCCGAUUCCAGCAGACAUGAUUAGUGGUGCUCCAGCUGAGCUGAGACGCCGCACCGUGCGCAUCUACAAGCCUACUCGCAGCACAAUGCAGAGCGGCGGCAACAAGGGUGAAAAGUGGAGGAUCGAUUUCGAUAUUUUAGAAGGAGGCGCCCGUUGGGAGAAUCCCCAGAUGGGUUGGGCAAGCUCCGCGGAUUAUGUGCAAGGUCUCCGUAUGUCCUUCCGUUCCAAGGAAGAUGCCAUCCAUUUCGCCGAGAAGCAAGCUUGGAACUACUACGUACAACCGGAAACGGUGAAGAGAAUACCUGCGAAGAACUAUUCAGAAAACUAUCUAUACAAUCCUAAUAAACUUAGGAUCUGCAAGACGAAGUAGACUACAUUCGUCCAUAGAUAUACAGUUCUUUUC